UGUUUACUUGAGUUUCGUGUUUUUAUUAUUGGCCUUAGCUUAACAAGUAUUUUCAUAGCGCAUUCUCUUAAUUUCGUAUUUUCUAUUUUUCGAUCCUUUAUGUGUGGUAUUUUACGUUUUCGUUACUAGGAAUUCUUCACAGUAAAAAAGUCAGGGUUGACUCAGAAGUAAGAGUUAAAGCAAAUCGCUAUAACUCGCUGCCAUGUUAUUAAAAAGUCGGACUCUGAUGGUGCUCCUGAAAAAUGCUUGCUUUCUGUUUAGGUGUAACGGCCGCAUAAUUGUGGAAAAUGCAAAGUAUAUGUCACUAGAUGUGGAUGAUUCGCGACUGAGCAAUCUGCCGAGGGUCCCCCUCACCACUAAAGUCUUCAUGGACCGAGGACGUAUUGACCGAUUUGGAGGCGUAACAGUCGACUUUGGUGAAAGGAGUUUCCCCGGGGACCUCCACGAACACGAAUUUCAGCGACUUCUGCAAGAGUCUGUCACUCAGUGGAAGUCUGAUGGUAGAGUGGCAGUGUGGCUGCAUAUUCCCAUUUUCCAGAGCAGGUUUAUAGCUUCUGCAGCCUCUCUGGGCUUCACAUUUCACCAUGCUCAGAAGGAUCAUUCAGUGCUUACCAUUUGGCUCAAGGAGGAGCCCAGCAGACUUCCGGUUUACGCAACACACCAAGUAGGAGUUGCAGGCACUGUUUUUGAUGAAGCAACAGGAAGGGUGCUUGUAGUCCAAGAUCGUAACAAGUCCAAAAAUACAUGGAAAUUUCCAGGUGGGCUGUCUGAUCCUGGAGAAACCAUUGUAAAUACUGCUGUUCGUGAAGUUUUUGAGGAAACUGGUAUAAAAUCAGAGUUCAAGUCCCUUUUGAGCGUACGGCAGCAGCAUCAACAUCCAGGAGCCUUUGGUAACUCUGACAUGUACUUCAUCUGCCGCCUGAAGCCAUUGUCAUUUGAAAUAAACUUUUGUCAACAAGAGUGUGUCAGGUGUGAAUGGAUGGACAUUGUCAAGCUCGUGAGGACUACAGAUACAACUCCCAUUACAAACCGAAUUGCCAGGCUCUUACUGUAUGGAUUCAGAGAGGGGUUCGAGAAGAUUGACUUGCAAGUAAAAGAACUGCCAGCUAUCUACACUGGGUUAUUCUACCAGCUAUAUCACAAAGAACUGCCAGAGUCUUACGAGCAAAUAUGCGGUUAGAAAAUGGAGCUGUACACACAUUGUGUGUUUUCUUAAUGUGUCGAUUUUUACUUACAGUCUCUUUAUAUAACAUAUGAAGACACUUUUUGAAGUAGCCUCACUGUUUUCUUCAGUUUUUCUUUGUUUAUUGAAAUGUAUAUUGUUAAACUGGAAUUCAGCGUAUAUAGAGGAAUACCAGAGGUAUAAUAAGAGUUUAUAUAUUCACAUUUUCUUUAUGAAGAAAACUAUAAAACCUACAGUGUAA